AUGCGGAUCCUCCCGCUGGCAGGCAUACUGCCCCGCGCUGAGAACAUAAAGAGCAGUGCUACACACUUUUUUCACUGGUGCCUUUCAGGUGAACGACAGGCACUGACCGACAAGGACAAAACCAACCUGGGAAACUUGGGCAAAAGGCUCGAUCCUGUGUAUCAAUCCAUGAAUCCGUGUAUUGAACUUAACGGGCAAUUGUUUUACCGGCGCAGGUCACAAGUCGCGCGCGGCUUUCACUACUCGCGUGCCCCUGCGAUGGGUUUCCAAAAGAAGGCAAUAAUAAUUGACGGGAAGGAUCAUCUUCUUGGUCGUCUAGCGGCUAUCGUGGCUAAGACUCUUCUGAACGGACAGAAUGUAGUAGUUGUGCGCUGCGAACAAAUAAACAUAUCAGGAUCGUUUUACAGAAACAAGCUCAAGUACCUUGACUUCCUGAGAAAACGUAUGAGUACAAAUCCAUCCCGUGGACCUUACCAUUUCCGUGCCCCUGCUAAAAUAUUUUGGCGCACGGUUCGCGGUAUGUUGCCUCACAAACUUUACCGGGGAAAGGAAGCUUUGGAUCGUUUGAAAGUUUUUGAAGGUAUCCCUCCCCCAUAUGACAAGAAAAAGCGCAUGGUGGUACCGUCGGCCCUGAGGGUUAUGCGCUUAAAGCAACGACGGAAGUUCUGUGUACUUUCGCGGCUCUCACAUGAAGUUGGCUGGAAAUACAAGAACGUCAUUGAAAAGAUGGAGAACCGCCGUAAAGCCAAAUCAGCAGUUUGGUACAAGAAGAAACGGCUGGCUGUGAAGCCUGUUGAAGCAGCAAGAAGUCGGGCCCGCGAAGCUAUUGCUCCAUAUGAGGCAAUUUUGAAACAGUAUGGAUACUGA